AUUGAUAUUUUGCACUAAAUUUGAUGCGGUUUUUCCAGUUGUUCUCCUGAAAGUGUAAUUUAAAACUUUGUGAACUUGAUACACCAUCUAGAAGCGGACGAAGUAGCGGACAAAAUGGUUUUUCAGCGACAGAAACUAGUGUUCAAGCUUAAAAAAUUUAUUGACUCAGAAUUAAUAAAAUCCAAAAUGACUGUCGUGCUUAAGGAUAUUUUGCCAUUGAAUCAACAAAAUGUCUUCAUUUCCAACGAGGAACAACUUUUGAAGAAGAUCAACAGUAUGAAGUCGGAUACGUAUGCGAAACUACAGAUCGUUACUGAUUUUGAUCACACGCUGACAAGGCCUGAUGGGCUGACUUCUUUUGAUAUGUUUAACAAAUGUCCGUCAGUACCUGUUGAAUACGUACAGGUAAAUGAGAAAUUGAAGAAAGAAUAUGGAGAUGCUACGAAAACCGUCAACAUGAGCGACGGAGAGAUAACUGAGCACUAUUCACAAUGGUUUAGAAAAGUUUACGACGAGCUCAAGGCGCAUAUUGAGAAAUUUCCUUUGAGUGAACUUGAUGAACAGGCAGACAAAGUAAAAUUCAGGUAUGGCGUGGAAAACUUGAUAAAGACGUGCGAGGAAAAAGAAGUGCCUAUAUUGAUUUUCUCCGCUGGAAUGGGUGAAUGCGUUGAUGCAGUUAUCAAAAAAAAUAAUUUACAGUCCCUCCCCAAUAUUAAAAUCAUCGCUAACUAUUGUGAAUUGGAUAGUAAUGGCAAAGUGCUCGGUGUGAAGGGUGAUUUUUUGAUGCACUCCCGUAAUAAAAACGAGGCUAUCAAACACUACGUCAAAUUAGACGAACACUUCAAGGAAAUGGAAAAACGUCGCAACGUGAUUCUAAUGGGUGAUAUGACGGGCGACGUCGGCAUGGUUACAGACGAGAGCUGUAACAUUAUCAAGAUAGGCUUUUUAUCUCUUAAUGGAAAGCAAAAUAUAGAGGAAACGGAGAAAAAUAAAAAGAAGUAUCUAGAUGUAUUCGAUAUUGUACUUCUCAAUGAAAAUACCAUGGAUGUACCGAAUGCUAUAUUGAAUAUAAUAAAUAAUGCUUAUUGAAUGUCACCAUAUCAAGAUUAAGCGUUACCGUAAAAACAAUUUGCAUAUUAUCAAAUUUAUUUAUAUAGUGUCGAUCAUUUUUUAUACUUUUAUAUUUUAAUAUUUAUUUUUUAUAUGUCCGUAUUAUUAAAACAAUAUUGUAAAUAAACGUAUUCAUCGAA